UCUUUCCGUAAAACGAAACGAAAACACCGAUGAAAUAUAAUUUACGUAAAAAAAAAUAUAUUUUUUAGUUUGUUUACUCAAUUUGAGUCGUAGACGUUUAUAAAAAUGAACUCAGUGCACUUAAUAAAUAGAUUUUGUCGAUUUUCAAUAAGUAAUAUUAAUGUUUGCUGUCAUAAAAAACCUAUCAAAUUCUACGUUAGACAUAGUGCGACGAUGGGAUAUACAAACUAUAGAAAAUUUAAUCCCCUGAUUAUAAACAUUCGGCGCUUAGGGUUAGGACCUACUUCGAAGGACUUUGACGAACCAACCCAAUUAUCGGGGCCGUUGACAAAAGGUCACGCAACAGAACUCGUCCUACGUUUAAAUAAUGAAGAGAGGAAAAUGUUAUUUAACGCAUUACAGGAGUACGAAUCGAAUAUAAUCAAAGAAGAAUUUGAAGACAAAUUGGCUGGACAGCGAUGGAGGACUAAACUCGGUAGACCUAGCAAGGUACCUACGUUAGGUGACGUCGACCCCACUGGAUCCUAUUGUCCUGUUCCUGAAGACUGGCUAAAGAAAAAAUAUGCUGCCAAAGUGCCGAUUCCUUCAACGAGGGAAUUACUUCAUUUGUCACUUGCAAAUUCUAUACCCUUCAUUGGUUUCGGAUUCCUGGAUAAUUUCAUAAUGAUAAUUGCUGGCGACAGCAUAGAGAGCAGCAUGAGCGCGUACAUCACGCUGUCGACGAUGGCGGCGGCGGCGCUGGGCAACACGUUCAGCGACGUGAUCGGCAUCGGCUCGUCGUACUACGUGGAGCGCGCCGCCGCGCUGCUCGGCCUGGGCGCGCCCGCGCUGUCGCCCGUGCAGCUCGACAUGCCCGUCAGCCGCCGGUUCGCCAACUUGGGUCGGGUGCUAGGUAUCACGCUCGGCUGCUUCCUGGGGAUGAUACCGCUGCUCUUCAAGGACGAGGAGAAGAAAACUGAGACUAAAUAAUCAUGUGACUAUUUGAAAAUUAUUUAAUGUACUAGCUUACUGACAUCGAUGUCAAAAAUCAGUAAAGCAUGGAACGAUAU